GUGUUUACGUCAAAGACUGUUGGUGUGGUAAUGCGGAAGGCAAUUUAUUAACCAGCUGGACGUAACAUAUUUGUCCAAAUUGAUUCGCCAUCAAUUGGCAGUGUAGAUCAGCAGUAGGAGCAAAGUGUGGUGCAUUAGCUAAAAACAUUUGUGAAGAAGUUUGGUUCGCGAGUGUGGCUGCAUCUCAUCCGGAUCUGGUGAAAUCUCCCGUCGCUGUCAUCCGCGAGCGCGUGAUAUCAGAAGACGAUCACCAACAACCGACGCAACCUGCUGCUUCCCUCUGUGCAAUCACAGUAGAUUCCAACGGAGGACAAACAUGUUCCGACUAGCGGUUACAUCACGCAUUUGUCUGCAGCUCGUCCGAAGGGAGCUUUCGACCCUUCAGGCGCCCAAUGCUUACGUGAAAUUUGCACCGAUCACUUCCGCCUUCACCAGCACCAGAAGGGCAGCACAUACGACAAAUGGCACCGUCAGCCCUGCGAGAUCGUUGUCUACAUCCCAGCCCAAACUGCAAAGUGAAGAAGUUGAGGUGACAUUCGUGCGAGCCAAUGGGGAGAGGGUUAAAGUUAAGGGCAAGAUAGGAGACUCACUGCUGGACGUGGUGGUGAACAACAACAUCGAUUUCGAAGGGUUCGGCGCCUGCGAAGGUACCCUCACCUGCUCCACUUGCCAUCUGAUCUUCUCCAAGCCGGACUACGAUCGGCUGCCGGAGAAACCGAGCGACGAAGAGCUGGACAUGUUGGAUCUGGCGUACGAAUUAACCGACACCUCGCGGCUCGGUUGUCAAAUCACGCUGUCGAAGGACCUGCAGGGACUGGAGGUGCGCGUGCCGGCCACGAUCAACGAUGCCAGAAGCUAGAGGACCGUUGGUAGCUCGAUAUCGAUGAACCAACUCAGGACACCGUUUUUCCCUUCCCUAAUGCAUUCUUAGAAUGGCCCUCAGAUUACUGUUAUGUCCGUCGUUGGGAAGUAUUCUUUCCUGUGUAAAUAAACUCAUGUGCGACGGAUCAACCGAACAAAUCACAUUUAAAUGUUAACGGAACACGAGAGUAAUCGCGACGCUACGAAUUGAUAUGAUACAUAUUCAAUUAGGGUCCCGUCGUCGCCAGCGCAUAUAUUUUAUCAAUUUCCAGUGCUUGGAAUCAGAUUGACAAUGCUAACAGAAUCGCAUAUGAAAUGAUCCUAGUGAAGCAGCUUCAUCGCAAGUUACACAAUGAACACACUUAAGUAUAUCGUUUGUCAAUAGUAAAAUGCACUCAUAGAUGUGCACAACCAGGUAUAGAAAAUAUUCAUGGAGAAAUGUGUAGCAUAUGUUCGUUAGAAAGAUGUUUUUGAUUAAUUUUUGCUAUAUUUAAAAAAAACAGUGCAAAAUCAAACGGUUCAAAUAAAUGGUUCUAUUUAUCAAAUGGUAA